AUGGAGGAAGGAGGCGAUGGCGGCGACACCAUAGCCAGCGGCAAGAGAUUGAAGACUGGAUGCGGCCUGUUCGCCCAGCAAUUCAAGGCGCUCAUGCUCAAGAAUCUCAAGGUCUCGAUGCGCAACAAGAGGGCUUUCUUCCUCCAGGUGGCCUCCUCUUUCGGCUUCAUCUUCUUGCUCUUCGUCGUCGAUCAGGCAGCUAUGGCGAGCCGCCGCAGCGAUGCCUACUACAGGGACGUGGUCGCAGCGAACCCUAAGCUUGUGGCUGCUAUCCCGGCUUGCGAGAGCAGCGCCUUUAUCCGGCCGCCGUGCUACGAUUUCUUGUGGAGCGACAGUAGUAAUCCGGAUUUCGCAGCCAUCGUGGAGAAGAUCAUGGCAAACAAUCCAGGACGACCGAUCCCUUCGCACAAGGUGAGAGGCUUUGGAUCAUCCAGCGAAGUGGAUUCGUGGUUGCUAUCAAACCCAAUGGCGUGCAGUGGGGCAUUGCAUCUCGAGCAAAGCUCCCCAGGUGUGAUCUCCUAUGGCUUACAAUUUAACUCCACUCCCAGCGGUGUUUUGUUGCGUGGAAAGCAUGAGAACGCACCCUUUAACUUCCAGCUGCCUUUGCAAGCGGCUGUGGAAAGGGAGAUUACUCGCUUUCUAACUGUGGUGAUUCUCAUCAGCAAAAUUGUUUACGAGAAAGAACUUAAGCUCAGGCAGGCCAUGUCGACGAUGGGCCUGUUUGAUUCCGUUUACUGGUUAACUUGGCUUACUUGGGAGGUUAUGUUGGCUUUGAGCUCUUCGGCCUUUCUAAUUAUUUCAGGGAUGAUUUUCCGGCUGAACUUUUUCUUGAACAAUAGCUUUCUCAUACUGUUUCUUAUAUUUUUCUUGUUUCAGUUUAACAUGAUUGGAUUCGCAUUUCUGUUCUCGACUUUUGUUACUAAGCUAGAAACUUCAAACUCCAUGGGCUUUUGUAUUUUUAUUUUUGGGAGCUUGACUCAGCUGGUGACAACGAUGGGCUUCCCUUACGACCCCCGUUAUCCCUCUUAUAUCAAAACGCUGUGGUCAUUCUUUCCUCCAAACGUAUUUGCCAUUGGACUCAUGUAUCUUGGAGAGGGAACUGCAACUAAAAGAGACCGAGGUCUUCUUUGGAAAGAUGUUUCAUCAUGUCCUCCAUUUCACGUGGACUGUAAUAUUGUGAUGGCGGAGGUUUUCGUGUGGCUCCUUGGAACAUUUUUUAUCUGGUUCUUUCUCGCAAUUUACUUCGACAACGUGUUGCCUGACGCAAAUGGCCUUCGAAAGUCCUUAUAUUACUUUGUGCGGCCAUCCUACUGGGCUGGGAGAUCUCGCUGCAAAAGAGGUACGCGAGCAUCUUCCACUGAAAGAGAUGGAACCGUGGAUCUGAAUGUGGCUGUACAGCUCAGAAACCUCACGAAAGUAUUUCCUGGUGUAAGAACAAGAGGACGCUGGAAGAAAUCACCUCCUUUUCAUGCACUCCAAGGGGUAAGCUUGGACAUCGAGAAGGAGAAAGUGUUUUGUUUGCUUGGUCAUAAUGGAGCUGGCAAGACGACAAUCAUCAACAUCCUCACGGGCAUUCUUCCUCUAACUUCAGGGGAUGCUCUGGUCUAUGGAAUGUCAGUUACGAACGGUAUGGCUCAAAUUCGACAUAGCAUGGGAGUUUGUCCACAGUUUAAUAUUCUCUGGGACGCGCUUACUGCGAUUGAGCAUCUACAAAUUUUUGCCAGCAUCAAAGGAAUGCAGCCAUCAAGAAGAAAAACGGAGUGUAAACGACUCUUGCUCAGUUCUGAUCUGUUGGAAUCAUCUCGGGGGAGGGUCAGCGCCUACAGUGAAGGGAUGAAAAGGCGGCUGAGCGUAGCAAUAGCUCUUAUUGGUGACCCGAAAAUAGUCUUCCUCGACGAACCAACAACAGGCAUGGAUCCAAUUUCACGGAGGAAGGUAUGGGAGAUCAUUGAGAAGUUAAAAACAGAUCGAGCGAUUGUCUUAACUACUCAUUCCAUGGAAGAAGCAGACAACUUGGGUGAUAGUAUUGCCAUCGUAGCAAAUGGCACACUUCGGUGUGUCGGUUCCUCGAUUCAGCUGAAACAGCAGUUUGGAGAAGGCUACAUCGUCACUUGCAGCGUUAAAAGCACGGAUAACAAAGCCGCGGUCAAGGAUUUCUUUAAGCUUUACAUGGACGUUGUAGCGAAGGAAGAGACCAGGUCUUACAUGUCGUUCAUUCUUCCGCGCCGAGAUGAAAAUCUACUUGCGGUUUUCUUUGAGUUGCUUCAGAAGAAGCAAGAAGAGCUUGGCAUUUUAGACAUCCAACUCAGCCUCUCAACGUUGGAGGAAGUUUUCUUAAACGUACUGGAAGGAACAGGACAAUCAUGCAAUUCAGAGCUUAAAGACUAA